UGCAGAAUAGAGUUCACACAUCCAAGAGUACACGUGUCAUUAAAAAAAAUUGUGAAAAUUACAAAAUUAUGACACGUUCGAAAAAAAGUAAUUUGAGUUCAAUUUGGUUUAACCCACAGCUGUUCACGAUCAGAGGAGCCCCCCUGAAAUUUUAUCUGGAUGGAUACAAUUGCUGUCGAUUUUACGAGAUAACAAAAAUAAUUGAAGCAUAUGGAGGAAAGUUAACGAAUCCUGAUACAUCCGGUGUUUUUAUUUUCUGCGAACCAAGUUACCAAAGUAGAGGACAGGAAUAUGAUCUCUAUGAUAUUAAAUAUAUCCACGACAGCAUUAUCGCACUCCGGCCUCAGAACCUGAUGAAGUACAAGUUUGAACGAAAGAAAAUAGAAAUUACUGGGGCUAUAGAUGAGGCUGGAUUGAAAUAUGUGAAGAAAGAAAUAGAAAAUGAAGCGGAAGUGAAGAGUGAACAAGAUGAUACGGUCCUGAAUCAAGAUCGCAACUCACCGAAGCUGCGAACGUCUCAAAUCGACUCAAAUCCAAAAAUUGCGAAUGAAACUCAGAAAAUUGAUAAUUAUUCAAGACUGAAGACUAGAGUUCGCUCUCGGCCGACAAAAAGUUCAUCGGGGGUUCGACGUUUAAAUUAUCGUCUUAAAGAAUGUGUCGUCAGCCUCGAACGUUUGGAGGAAAAAAAAAAAUAUCAACUGAGAAAUGAACAAUUGACAAUUAAAAGUGAGAAUGCAGGUAAUUGA